GACCGUUCUCAGACCAUCAGGCACAUGAUCGAGUACGACUGCGCCGACAACGGGAUCCCCCUCCCCAACGUCACCAGCAAGAUCCUCGCCAAGGUCGUCGAGUACUGCAAGAAGCACGUUGAGGCCGCCGCCGAGAGCAAGUCCGAGGACCGCCCCUCCCCCGCCACCGCCGCCCAGGACGAACUCAAGGCGUGGGACGCUGAUUUCGUCAAGGUCGAUCAGGCCACGCUCUUCGAUCUGAUUCUGGUCGGUCAGUUGCUGCUCUCCUAG